ACUUUCAUUUCUCUGCCGCAUUGGCUUAGGGUUUUCCACAUUUCCUCAAAACUCUUCCCUUUUUCUUUCAUUUUCCCAUCAUUUCCUUUCCAUUUUCUCACCCCCAAACGUGCUUUUCCCAAUACUAUUCCAACAAUAUCCUAUCAAUCUUAAAUCCGUUCAUCACUAAUGGGUUUAAACAAUAACUGAAGGGCUCGUGGUUGCUGUUAUAAGUUAAAAAAGGGUUUUAAUCUUUCUGUUGAUUUAUCCAACUUACAAAAGAAAUGGCAACCAUGAACCCUUUUGAUCUCCUUGGCGAUGAUGACAAUGAGGACCCCACUCAACUCAUCGCCGCUGCUCAGCUCAAGGUUGACAAGCCUAAGAAGCCCUCGGGUACUGCUCAGCCUCAAGCUCAAGCUCAGCCAGCUAAGGCUGCUAAGCUUCCCACUAAGCCGCCUCCGCCUGCCCAGGCUGUGAGGGAAGCUAAGAAUGAAGGUGGACGUGGAGGUGGCCGAGGUGGUGGUGGUCGAGGAUAUGGCCGUGGGCGUGGAGGUGGCAGUGGAUUUAAUCGCGAUUCAAAUAACAGUGACACUACCUAUGGCAGCAAUAAUGGAUUUUCUGGGGGGUAUAGACCAUCUGAAGAGGGUGAUGUUAGCAAGCCCUCUGAGAAACGUGGCUAUGUAGGCCCUCGUGGCGGUUACCGUGGUGGUCGCCGAGGUGGUUUCAGCAAUGGUGAAGCUGGAGAAGGUGAACGACCUCGUAGGUCGUAUGAACGUCGAAGUGGUACUGGCCGUGGGAAUGAGAUCAAACGUGAUGGAGCUGGUCGUGGUAAUUGGGGAACUCCCACUGAUGAAAUUGCUCCGGAAACUGAGGAACCUGUUGUUGAAAAUGAAAAGAACAUUGAUACUGGGAAGCAGCCAGGAGAGGAGGAUGUGGUAGAUGCUAACAAAGACAGCCCUGCAAAUGAGCCAGAAGAGAAGGAACCUGAGGACAAGGAGAUGACUUUGGAAGAAUAUGAGAAACUUCGCGAAGAAAGGAGGAGAGCUUUACUUUCCACAAAGCCAGAGGAAAGAAAGGUUGAUUUGGACAAGGAGUUUGGCUCCAUGCUUCAGCUUUCAAAUAAGAAGGGCAAUGAUGAAAUCUUUAUCAAACUGGGUUCUGAGAAGGACAAACGAAAGGAGGCUGACAAAGAAGACAAAAUAAAAAAGUCUGUCAGCAUAAAUGAGUUUCUGAAGCCUGCUGAUGGGGAGAGAUACUAUACCCCUGGUGGCCGUGGUCGUGGACGUGGCCGUGGUUCAAGAGGUGGAUAUGUUGGCAACACAAGCGAUGCAGCAGCCCCCUCGAUUGAAGAUCGUGGGCAGUUCCCCACCCUGGGUGGCAAGUGAGUCCUUGCUGCAUGAUUCAUAGUUGCAACGGUCUUUCAACCAUUUGGAAUUCCCUUGCAGUCUGCCCGAGAGUGUGGGUCACUUGUCAGUUAAUGGGAAAUGUUAUUUCCUGCAUUAGGGGAAAAGAACUUUUUAACAUUGUCUUUUGGGUGUAAAUUUAGAUAUUCCUCCAUGGGGCAUCUCCCUGUGAUUCCUUCUCAGACUUUGAUAUGCUUGCAUACUCCUUUUUCUUUUUUCUUUGCCUUUUUUUUUUCAAAAAAAAUGUUGGAAGUUAGGGAAAUAUUGGAGUCAUUGUCUUGGACUAUAGUAGUGGCAUCAGUUUUGGUUUGUAUUAGGUGAAGUGUACUUUUGCAGCCCUUUUCUAAAAUUUCUCCUAUUGUUAAAGUUAA